UGAUAUAAAAUAAGAUAUUAAUUUUUCGCAAGGCAUCACUUUUCCUUCAUUCUUCCGUUUAUCACUAAAAUAAUAAAAAACAAAGGUCCACUCUACUAUAAAUAGCGUAUCUCCAGUUAUUCAAACUGCCACCUGUUCCCUUAACAUAUCCUCCCAUGGCCGGUGGUUCUUCUUCUUCCUCCUCCUCAUCUUCCAAUCCCAGAGCCUCAUUUGAAACUUUCUUCGAAGGCUGGCUAGUUCGUCAAGAACACUUUCUCGAAGAACUCCAAUCCGUCGUCGAAACAUGCGAGGAAUCGAGACACGAGGAUUUGGAAGAGCUGAGUGACAGGGUCUUAUCACACUACAAGCAAUACUACGAGGAGAAAUCAAGAAUGUGUAGCCGCAAUGUUUUUCUCGUGUUUAAUCCCACUUGGUUCACUCCUUUUGAGAGAACCUUCUUCUGGAUUGCUGGGUUCAAGCCGGACUUGGCGCUCCGGGUGGUUUCUGUCGCCGCCGGUGACCUCACGCCGGAGCAAAAUCAGUCAAUUGAGAAACUGAAGAAGGAGAUGAGGGUUGUGGAGAAAGAGCUGAGUGCUGAGCUGGCGAGAGUUCAGGAGAGUGUGGCGGCGCCGGAGCUGAUGGUGGUGGGCGGCAGGGCUCCGGUGGACGGAGAGAUUGGGAAUAUAGAUGGGGUUCUGGAGGAGAUAAGAGCGGACAUGGUGGCGGUUUUGUCGAAUGCGGAUGUGCUGAGAACACGGACGGCGGAGCGGCUUGUGGGGAUUCUGAACCCGGUUCAGAAGGUUAAGUUUUUAGCGGCAGCCACGCAGUUGCAGCUUCGGGUUAGGACGGUUGGGUUACAGAGGGAAACAAGAAACAGGGCUAGAAAUUAAUAAUCUCCUUUCAGGGUUUUACUUAUAAGGAACUUAUUAUUGAAUUGUGACGGUGAUUUACGGGAGAGGAUAGACUUUGAAAAGCACACCCGCGGUGUCAUUUUUCUAGGCCAAUUAUUUUGAGACAAGUCUUUGCCGAUGUUUUCUGUUUGUUUCUUUCCUGAUUAAAUUUUCUUUCUACUCUCUUCUAGAAUAUUAUUUUGUCUCCUUUUUAUUGCUGAUAGCAUA